AUGGCGAAAUUUGGUUCUCCUACAACUCACAUUGAGGACACAGUUCCUCAAGUCCCAUCAGCUCUUACUAUCGUUGCCAUCGACACUAACUUAACCGUUCUUGAAUUCAUCAAGAACACAUGCAACCAGGAUGGUAUUCGAGUUCUGGCGUGCUCUGAAUAUCAAAGUGCUGUGAUUGCAUUACGAGAAAGGAAACAACAUAUUGAUUUGAUACUCACAGAGGUUGAUAUGCCAAUCAUGAACGGCUAUGAAUUUCUAGAAUUUAUCAAGAAAGAACAAGUUAAUGUUCCUCUCAUAAUGAUGUCUUCGGAUGAUAGUAUGUCUUCCAGAGUGAGGGCGAUCAAACAUGGAGCUUGUGAUUAUUGGAUUAAACCUUUGCAUGAGUUUCAUUUGAAGAAUAAGUUGACACGUGUAUUUCAGAAGAAGUGCAUGAUUGCUGAUAAGCUGCAAAAGGAUAGUGGUUGCUUAAAAGAUGAUGAUAAAAGAAGAGGAAGAAGUGAUAAUUCUGAACUGGCUUCAUGUAUGGUUCAUUGGAGCAAUAGCAACUUUGAAGAAGCCGAUGUUGUUGAUGAAUCAUGUAAUCCACCUCCCACAAAGAAGCCUCGUGUUGUAUGGGAUGAAAAACUGAAUGCUUCAUUUAUAAACGCCGUCAACAUACUUGGAAUUGAAAAUGCUACGCCAAAGAAAAUUCUUGAAAUCAUGAAGGAGCCUGGUUUAGAAAGAUCACAUGUUGCUAGUCAUUUGCAGAAAUACAGAAACUCUUUAAGAAAGGAGCAAAAGAAGAACAUGUCAUGCGAUCCAGAGACACAGAUACAGCAGCAACAACCGCAACAGAAUGACAUGUUUUUCAUUUCAGGGAGACAGAUAGAACAACAGCAUUCACAACAAAAACAGAAUGACAUGCCAUUGGUUUCAGGGAGACAGAUAGAGCAACCACAAUCAGAACAGAAUGACAUGUCAUGGAACACGGAACCAAGGAUGUAA